CCCCUCCCUUACCGUAGUUCCGCCCGUGUAGAAUAGUAAAGACAAAAGGAAAUAUUUACCUACUUUGUAGGCUUUUUUGUGGAGUUUCAGAACAUAAUAUAAAUAUUUUGAGAAGCUAUUUAAGAAAUAACACUGAAGUUAUAAUAAGAUUAAAUCCAGCGAAUCCAUCGACACCAAGAGUCGACGAACCCGCUGCGCUAUCAGCGAUUUAAUAGAUGAAGAAAGGAAGUUCUACAAUCCAUCUAUGGAUUCAUUGAUGGGCAACAGCCUGAUGGAUUUUGAUGCCUCUAUUGAGCUCAGCGCUGAGUUCAGGAACUUGCUCUUGGAUAACAUGUACUUGCUUGAACCUGGAAGGUUAUGGCGAAUAAUUUUUAAAUGAUAACAAAAUUUGAAAAUUUAAGUUUUAUGGUUUUAUAGUGUACAUCACGAGUUUUUUGGUUUUAUAGUGUAGAUUACGAUUAUAUAUUUACUUGAUUUCACGGUAUAGUGAAUGUCAUAAACUUUUAUUGGUCUUUUUCUGCUUUUUUAAAAUUUAUAUUUUACUUUAUUUAAAUGUUUGAAGCUACAAGACAAAAUUUUGAAGAGGUCCUUAAUGAAUUGCAAUAUGAAAUUAAAAACUGUUCCUUUGUUUCAUUAGAUUGUGAAUUCACUUCACUACCAGCUGAUAAACAUUUUGAAAAUAGUUUCUUUGAUUCUGGAGAAGACAGGUUCAAUAGCAUUCGAAAUAAUUUAGACCAUGCACUUAUUCUACAAGUAGGAAUUACUCCAUUUAAAUACAAUAGGGACUUGAAACAUUAUAGAGCCAAUCCGUUUAAGUUCUAUGUUUUUCCAAGAGUUUUUGGAUCAUUUGAUGUGUCAUUCUUGUGUAAAUCUGCAACUAUUCAAUUCCUUUGCAAUCAUAAGUUUGAUUUUAACAAGGGAUUUUAUCAAGGCAUUUCAUAUCUGAAUCGGAAUGAUAAGGAGAAAUUAUUAAAACUUCUUUAUGACGGAACAUUAUUGAGUUCUUUAGAAGAGAAUCUGAAUCAUGAUGAGAUUAAUGAAAUUCUUAGAAUUUGCGAGCUUAUUAGUAAUUGGACAGAAAGCAAUUCAGAUGGCAGUACAAUUGACUUCCCAAUUGAUCCUUUCAACCAUUCUUUUAAUUAUUUAUUACAAGAGAGGAUUCGUAUGUUUAAUAAUCAAGUCUGGACGUACAAUGAACAAGAUAAGGUAGUUGUCAAAAAAGUCACUAAAUACGAAAGAUUGGAAUUUGAAGAAAAGGGAAAACUUGCUGAUGUUAAAGAAAAAUUCAUCGAUUCACUAUUAGGUUUUUCAAAGGUUUACAGUUUGCUAGCUUCUUCCAAAAAACCAUUAGUUGGCCAUAAUUUAUAUUUUGAUCUGUUGAUCAUGUAUCAUCAGUUUUAUGAACAUAUACCGGCUAAUUACUUUAAAUACAAAGAAAAUUUAAACAAAUUAUUUCCAUCUAUAUAUGAUACAAAGUUUCUCAGUUACCAACUACAUCGUAUUACAAAACAAAAACUCUUACUGAAGAACUCACUUGGCGGUUUGUACGAACUAUUUCAAGAUGCAGAUACAAAAUUUUAUUAUCCAUUUGUCCAGCUUGAUCCAAAAAGUAUUUAUUGUGAUUCUGUAGAACAGAAAAAACAUGAUGCUGGUUGGGAUUCAUUCAUGACAGGUUUUGUCUUUUUGAAACUAGCUGAUCAAUUUGCACAAUUGAAAAGAAACUCAAGGCUCACUGACGAGAUGACAUUCAUCGAAUUACUUACUAGUGUAAAAGAACAUGAAAACAAAAUCAACAUUGCCAGGGCCAAAGUUUCUCACCUGAAUCUGGAAGGUAAGGAUCCACCUUCGACAAGACCUCCACUACUUCAUGUGAAGAGGACUGGCAAGCAAUUGCUCACAAAACUAGAGUUGGAUGCCUUUUUUAAAAAGUAUGAACCUGUUCAUAAAAAACUUCUUAACAAUAAUUCAGCUUUGAUUGCAGUUCCUAACUAUUCAAGCUUCAAAACUAUAUUGAGCGACUUUGAUAAUUCAGAUUUAUUAAAAGUAGAAAAAUAUUCAUUAACUCGACAUAGCAACAGUGUCCGAGCUUGUUAUGUGGCUGUUAUCAUUGUUCCUCUUGUUUUGGCAGCUUGGGCUGGUUACAAAUUUAAAUAGUGGCAGUUAAAAAUGUAACCGUUAAAAAUAUUUUUUAUUAAAGUUUCAAAUUAUGAUUUGGAAGGAAUAAAAAAUUAAAAUAUGUAUAACUGUAAAUAAAUUGAGUUAUCACAAUAUUAUUAAAAUAAAAUAAUUUGCUUAUUUUCUGA